CGAUCAUUAACUUCCUCAACAUGGUUUCCACACAGCAGUACAAACUCCAAAUAUCCACUCAUUGAAGCUCAGCACUAAAUAAUAUACCAUCCAGACUCUGCUUCAUCUAUUAUUUUUUCCAUAUCAACCUUUUACCUUCUACAUAGGUUGCUCAUCAUAGCAGUCAAGCCAAUUGUCUUUUGAAAAUGCAGCCUCUUGCCUUGUUCCUCAGCCUUGCAGUCAUCGCCUCGAACGUGGUAGCUCUCCCAGUCGCAUUUAGCAGUGAUGUAGUGGCCAUCAAAGACGCCCUUGACGCCCUCAAGACCGAGAAUCCCGGCACGACUUCUUCAGUUGAGGCAGUGCAAGCGAACGACUACCUAUCUGCUGCUUCAUGGGCCAAGCGCGAUGAUGCUACCGUCAACGGCCGAAGUGAUGUAGUGGCCAUCAAAGACGCCCUUGACGCCCUCAAGACCGAGAAUCCCGGCACGACUUCUUCAGUUGAGGCAGUGCAAGCGAACGACUACCUAUCUGCUGCUUCAUGGGCCAAGCGCGAUGAUGCUACCGUCGACGGAUUUCUUGAGUAGUCGAAGGCUAACCGCCGGGAGAUUACCCUGUUGGCUGAGAAGAUCCAGAUAUUUCAUUUACACAUUCCUUGGACUAGGGGCAUUGUCCAGACGUCAUAGCUGCCGGAUGAUCUGGAUUAUCGUACGCUUUGAACAAAGUGCUCUUCCAAUCGGAGCGAGGCUUUUUCAAUAAUGUUUCCUUGACAUUUACAUUCUCUUCGUUUCUUGACCCACGGGAGACUGUGAGGCUUUAAACUCUAAUUUGUUAGUUCUUGUAUACAAUCAUUAUGCGUAUUCGCCGCACUGUCACUACCAAGAAGAUCCCUGUUUCAAUACAAGCGUCCUAACCAUGACCUGAAACGACUAGGUUACUUGAAUGGGGUACAGCAAUAUAGGAUAACAGCCAAAAAACAUUCUGAUACGGAAUGAUAAAUGAGA